UCUUGGUUGCGUUCGCCGCCCUCUUUGGUUCUUCCUUCGACGCCAUGGCGCAUCGGCUGCUGAGAGACGCCCAAGCCGACGGAUGGGAGCGUUCCGACUUCCCCAUCAUCUGCGAGUCCUGUCUCGGCGACAACCCCUACAUCCGAAUGACAAAGGCUGACUAUGAUAAGGAGUGUAAGAUCUGCAAACGGCCUUUUACAGUCUUCAGAUGGAGGCCUGGACGUGAUGCAAGGUACAAGAAGACAGAGAUCUGCCAGACAUGCUGCAAGCUGAAGAAUGUUUGCCAGGUGUGCAUCCUUGAUCUUGAAUAUGGGUUGCCAGUUCAGGUUCGGGACACUGCUCUUGCAAUCAAUUCUAAUGAUGCCAUCCCAAAGAGUGAUGUGAAUCGGGAGUACUUUGCUGAAGAGCAUGACCGCAAGGCCAGAGCUGGCAUAGAUUAUGAGUCUUCAUAUGGGAAGGUGCAUCCAAAUGACACGAUCUUAAAGCUUCAAAGGACAACACCAUAUUACAAAAGAAAUCGAGCACAUGUUUGUAGCUUUUAUAUGCGUGGUGAAUGCACUCGUGGAGCUGAAUGUCCAUAUCGACAUGAAAUGCCUGAAACUGGUGAAUUAUCUCAGCAGAACAUAAAAGAUCGAUACUAUGGAGUGAAUGAUCCUGUUGCCCUAAAGCUUCUAAGCAAGGCUGGUGAGAUGCCAUCUCUGGAGCCCCCAGAAGAUGAGAGUAUAAAAACCCUGUAUGUCGGUGGCCUUGAUGCCCGAGUCUCUGAGCAAGAUCUGAGGGAUAACUUCUAUGCCCAUGGUGAGAUUGAAUCCAUCAGGAUGGUGCUUCAGCGAGCAUGUGCAUUUGUAACCUACACGACAAGAGAAGCAGCUGAAAAAGCAGCAGAGGAGCUUGCCAACAAGCUAGUCAUCAAGGGCCUUCGUUUGAAGCUGAUGUGGGGGAGACCACAGGCACCAAAACCAGAGGGAGAAACGCAAGAUGACGAUGCUGCAAGGCAAGGGCUUGUUGCCCAUGGAGGGAUGCUCCCAAGGGCUGUAAUAUCUCAGCAGCAGAGCAACCAGCAACCUCUACCACCAGGCACUGAGACUCAUCAGCAGCAACAACCUAACUAUUUCAACAUCCCUGCACCGCCACAAGCUGCACGGACAUUCUACCCGUCGAUGGAUCCUCAGAGGAUGGGUGCUGUAAUCCAAUCACAGGGAGGUAGCGAUGACAAAACUGGAUCAGAAAAGCAGCAAGGGCAGCAAGCACCAAAUGUUCAGGGGCAUGCUUAUCCUAUGGUUCCUCCACAUCUUCAGGGCCAGUAUCCACAUUAUUAUCCACCAUACGGGUAUAUGGCCCCACCCCCACCACCGUAUCAGCAGCAGUAUCCCCCUUACCAGUCGAUGAUGUCCCGACCACCUCCACCGGCACCACCUGCAAUGCAGCAAUACCCUCAAGGGCCACCUGGACCAUCGUAAGGGAGAUUCUCUUCGAAUACUUGUCCUUUGCACUUCUCUUCCUUGAAAAGAAUCAUGCUUGUUGCACUGUUAAGAAGAUCUAAAUGUGCUAUCAAGAAUUAUAAGCUAAUCUGACUUGGAAGUUUGGGUGCCCCUGUAAUUUCAUUUAUGCUGUUACGCCAGUGAGACCAGUAGUCUAGGACAGGAUAUCAGGGUCUGCUGGAGUUUCGACCAAUCCAUAUGGCAACUAUGAUAUCAAUAUUGGUAUUUGUACCCAACUUAACAAGGAUAUUGUUGGCAGUAUUAAAUCUGAAUGAAGCAAAAUUGUAAUGCCAGUCUGCAA